AUGAUGGACAAAGCUUCUUGGGGCUACUUAGCACAGCGCCAGUUAAUGGUCGACCGGAAUCAAGCAAGCAUGAGGCCCCGUUACCCCAGCGACUGCGUGCCCCCACCACCGAAUAUUCCUCCUAUGGAGCUUCUUGUAGACAUAUGGUCCGACAAUCUACUUGAUGAUCGCUUCAAUGAUAUUGACUGGCCUCCUUUGAUACCCAAAAUCGCGCAUCUACAAGUUGUUCCUGAGUCCCGAAUCACUUUCGAAGCUCAGACUCCCAGUUUCACAAGCAUAAAUCAGAUCGUGGACGCAAUUACGGGGGUUAGCCUCAAUCAGGAAGGCACGCUGGCUUACACUGCCAAGAGCGACCCAAAUGCGCCUAAGAUGGCCCUUGCACCAAGCUCAUCCCGAAUCAUCUCUCUUUCUCCGAUCGAACCUCCCAAUAACUUAUCACGUUUUGCCCUACUUCCUAAGAAAGUAAGGCACCAAAUCUGGGAGAUAUCCAGCCACAAACCGCAAAUAAUCAUCGUUCUUGAGAAGAUGCGCGAUCUUGAUUCUACGAAUCGAUUUUUUAUCCACCGGAUCCGCACCAAGCCUCCUGGAACGUGGUUCGCAUGUAGGGAGUCGAGGGCUGUUGCCAUGCAGAGAUUGAUACCUUGCUUUUCGAAAUACAUGUUGAGACCUGUCGCUUUCAAUCCUGAACUGGACACUCUGUUGCUCGGAGAAAACGCCCUCAAUCUGUUCACUACUCACGAUCCGAGAAAACGCUGCAAGGACAAGGUUCUACGACACCUGGCGCUCUGUCCUCCCACAAUUGAAUACCCAGACAAAGGUUUCAGUAAUGAUACCCGGGAUGCUAUCACUCUCCUGGUGGAAGCCAUCAUACAGUUUGACAAUCUCAAAGAGUUGACUUUGAUCAAGGAGUCUCUAAAUCCUAUACCCGAUCACGUCUGGCCAACUUACAUUAUGGCAAAUCGCCGAUUCCAAAGAUGGACCGCGAGGGGUCGCCUUACUUCAAAGUGCGGAUUCCAAUUCUUGAUGAUGUCACUGCCAGAAUUCGAGGCACACGUCAACAGGCGGCCAAUGAUUUGA